GUUUCUCUCUGGACCCUUUUCCCCUCCCCCGUCCCAGGAGUCACGUGGACGAUGGAGGAAGCGCUUCCUUCCGGGUCAGCCCGGGAGUUGCAGCGAAUUCCGCGUGUCAGCCUCGCAACGCUGCGGCUCCUUCUGGCCAAAUCCUCGGGAGCUUUUUUUUUGGGGGGGGGGGGCGACUCCCCUCAGUCUCUGACUUCCCAAUCCCAUUCCUCUUUCCUUCUCGCCUUCUCUGGAGGCGGCAUCUUCCAAGAUGAGCUCCCAGAAGGGGAACGUGGCCCGUACCAGAUCCCAGAGGCACCAGAACGCGUUUAGCUUCAAAAAUGACAAGUUCGAUACCAGUGUUCAGACGAAGAGAAUAAAUGCAAAGCUUCAUGAUGGAGUGUGUCAGCAUUGUAAAGAAGUUCUGGAGUGGAGAGUAAAAUACAGCAAGUACAAACUACUAUCAAAACCUAAAAAAUGUGUUAAAUGUUUACAGAAGACAGUGAAGGAUUCUUAUCACAUGAUUUGUAAACCAUGCGCUUGUGAACUUGAAGUUUGUGCUAAAUGUGGAAAGAAAGAAGAAAUUGUUAUUCCGAUCAAUAACAAACUAGAAAAGACAUCAGAGGUUGAAAGUGACAAAACAUCUAACGGCAGGAGAAGAAACAGAAGAUUUGAAGAACAGAGCAGUGAUGAAUUAGAUUUUGACCUUGAUUUAAAUGAACUAGAAGAUGAGGAACAAAAUAAUCAUAGCAGCCAUACCAAAAACAAAUCUGCAAGUGCAAAAACCUAACCAACUUGAAGAUCUUGUACAAAGACCUAUGAAAUUAUAUACAGGACAAUGGAAAGCUCACUGACUUGGGAUUAGGGGUUGGUAGGUUCUACCCUUACCUCUGUUAUUAACCAGUUAUGUAACCAUAGUCAAAUCACUUGCUUUCUUGGAGUCUGGUUUGUUUGUUUGGUUGGUUUUUUUUGCAUCUGUAAAAUGGUAUCAGUAGAUGACCUGAAAAAAAUGGUUUCCAGCUCUUGUUUUCUAUCAUUUGGAUUUCAUCAGAAACAAAAUCCAUGCUUAAAUAUCUUUUGGAACAAUAAAAAUUAAUUCUUUUUUUUUUAUUCAA